AUGCCAGGACAGCAAUUGGAGCCCCUGGCCGUAGUUGGGAUCUCCCUUCGGUUUCCGGGAGAGGCCGUCUCCCCAGAAAGCUUCUGGCAACUUAUUCUGAGUGGGAGAAGCACAGGGAAGGAGAUACCUCCCGACCGAUAUGGCAUUGACGCCUGGCACCAUCCAGACUAUAGCCAGCUGGACCGCGUGUCUCAGAGAAAGGCCAACUUCCUGGAAGGUGACAUCGGUCAGUUUGAUGCGGGCUUUUUCUCCAUCUCGGCCGCAGAGGCCGAAGCAAUGGAUCCGCAGCAACGCCUUGCACUCGAGACGGCCUAUCACGCCCUAGAAAAUGCAGGCUAUCCAAUAGAGUCCAUAACGGGAUCUAAGAUGGCUGUGUUUACGGGUGCAUUCAGCAAUGACUACCAGCGCCUUCACGCAAAGGAUCUGAUGACCCUGCCGAAGGGCCACGCGACGGGGACCUCUAUGAAUAUGCUGGCUAACCGCGUCAGCUGGUUUUUCAACCUCCGAGGACCUAGCUCAAAUGUAGAUACUGCGUGCUCAAGCAGUUUAAUGGCUUUGCACCUUGCGUGCCAGUCCAUCUGGAAUGGCGAAUCCUCCUCGGGAAUGGCAAUUGGUUGCAAUGCCAUUCUUGGCUUAGAUACCGUUCUAGCGUUGGAUAAUCUUGGUAUUCUGUCCAAGGAUGGGCGGUCAUACAGCUUUGACGAAAGGGGCAAUGGUUACGCUCGUGGUGAAGGAGUGGGUGCUCUGAUAGUUCGCCCACUGCGCGACGCGAUCAAAAACGGGGACAAUAUUCGCGCCCUAAUUCGAUCAACUGGUUCGAAUCAAGACGGAAAGACCCCGGGUAUUACGCAACCGAGCAUGGAAAGACAAGAGGAUCUCUACCGCGAUACUUAUGAAAGAGCUGGCUUGAGUUUAGACGUCACCAGAUAUGUGGAGGGACACGGGACAGGGACCGCUGUUGGCGACCCCAUUGAAGCGCGAGCCAUAGGAAAUAUUUUCCGUCCCUAUCGCAGCUCAGAUGAUCCUGUCUACCUGGGGUCUGUCAAAUCCACCAUCGGUCACCUGGAAGGCGCAAGUGGCGUUGCCGGAGUUAUUAAGGCCGUCCUGGCGGUUGAGAAAGGAAUUAUACCACCCAAUACAGACCUCCAGACAUUGAAUCCUCGGAUCGACGAAGAAUUUCUGCAUGUUAAGGUCCCUAGGAAAGCUAUCCCGUGGCCGGUCGAUGGCAUACGGAGGGCAUCCGUGAGCUCAUUCGGCUUUGGAGGCACCAAUGUACACGUUGUCCUGGAUGAUGCACCCAGCCAGCUCAACGUCAAUGGUUUUACAGAGCAGCCCUACUCAAAUGGCACAGACCUCAUGCCGUCUAGAAGAUUAACUAGGAAGCCUUCUGGUACCGCAAGGCUCCUUGUGUGGUCUUCUGCGGACAAGGAUGGCAUUCCCCGCUUGAGAGAUACUUGGAAGCCUUACUUCGCUGGUCUCCAAAUCGCAUCUGAGGAAAGACCCGAAUACCUUGAUCGCCUCUCACAUACGUUGUCCACCAGGCGAUCAUGUCUAGAAUGGCGCGCAUACGCGGUUGUUCAGCUUAGUUGCGACUGGAAAACGAUUCCUGACAGCCUUACGUGCCCAGGUCAAUCCAUAUCAUCGCCAAAUCUUGCUUACGUAUUCUCCGGGCAAGGUGCUCAGUGGUAUGCAAUGGGUAGAGAGCUAUUGGAUGCAUACCCGACGUUCUUGAACAGUAUUCGGGAUGCGAACGCGUACCUGAAAACCUUGGGGUGCCAGUGGGACCUGCUAGAUGCUCUUCAGAAGAGUGAACCGGAAUCCUGCGUCAACCUUACCGACUACAGCCAGACCCUGUGCACCGCACUACAGGUCGCGUUGGUCGAACUUCUGGAUCAAUUUGGAAUAGUGCCCAGAAAGGUCGUAGGGCAUUCGUCGGGCGAAAUAGCUGCUGCGUACGCAGUGCGCGCUAUUUCCCGACGCGAUGCUUGGAGGAUUGCUUUCUACCGGGGUCUAUGGAGCAGCAAGCUGGAGAAUCACAGCUAUGUCCGGGGAUCCAUGCUGGCUGUCGCACUAAGCGCAGAUGAGGUUCUUGCAUAUCUCGAUCGAGUGACACAUAACCACGUCCUUCUUCGACUUACUGUUGCCUGCAUCAACAGCCCAAAUAGCGUCACCGUCUCUGGCGAAAAAUCACAAAUUGAUGACUUGAAGUCACUGCUCGAGGCUGACCAGAUCUUCUGCAGGCGGUUGAAGGUCAGGGUGGCCUACCAUUCAUUUCAAAUGCACGAGAUUGCAGGCCAAUAUGAGACUUCCAUUGGUCAAAUGGACGAGGAACCGGAUGAAUUUCACAAUCAUCGUCCUUGCAUGGUGUCCUCUGUCACAGGAGACUGGAUCACAAGUGACGUCUUGAGGACACCACAAUACUGGGCCACCAACUUGGUAUCCCCAGUCCAGUUCUCGAAGGCUCUGGCUGUGGCCUGUUCCUCUACCGUUUCGCCCCCAGAAAAGCUUGAUGGAAGUCAUUGCAGGUCCUUGGAAGUACAUCAUGUUGUGGAGGUUGGGCCACACUCAGCACUACAGGGACCUACGAAGUCGAUCCUAGCAGAUAUGGAGCGCUCUUCUGUUUACUAUUUGUCUUUGCUCCAGAGAAACGUACCAGCCACAUCGACUGUACUAGAUGUGGUGGGGUAUCUCUGGGCCUCUGGCUAUAAGGUUGACUUAGCCGCAGCAAACCAGGACCGGUCGACCGAGUGCAAGGCUGAGAUACCCUGUCUGGACAACUUGCCCGAGUACCCAUUCAAUCAUAGCAAAUCCUAUUGGCAUGAGAGUCAGAUUAGUCGAAAUAUCCGUAUGCCACGCUCCGGCAAGCAUGAACUUCUUGGGACUCCUGAUCCUGCCUGGAACCCGCAUCAACCCCGCUGGAGGCAUAUCAUUCGCACGUCCACCAUACCCUGGGUACAGGAUCAUCAGGUCAAUGGAACAGUGGUUUACCCCGGUGCAGGGAUGGUUCUUAUGGCAGUUGAGGCCGGGAAGCAGCUAUGUCGGGAAGGGCGUCAAAUACUUUCAUUUGACAUCCUGGAUACAGCCUUGCAUUCAGCCAUCCAAGUAUCGGGACAUGGUGAUGUAGAGUCCAGCUUCUCUAUGCACCCGGUCAGCAGCAUGCGGUCCAAGAACUCAGACUUCUUCGAAUUCGGCCUCUACACUGCCCUAGGCUCAUCAUGGACUACGAAUUGCACCGGUUCUAUUCGCAUUAAUUAUUCGCCAGAGGAAGCCGACCCUGUUAGCAAUGACCAGGUUGACCAACUGAACAACACACAUCAACACUCUUUGUUACGGGCAGAGCAGCAAGCUGCAUCUGACGCGGAUAGUAGUGCCAUUUAUGACCAUUUGAGGAAAUGUGGCUAUCAUUACGGUGACAGCUUCCAGGGAAUCACUGCCCUCGCAUAUGACCCACAAGAUACCAGCACAGUAGUGGGUGACGUCCACCAUCGGCUCAUUAAGGCUGGAUCGACCCUACACCCUACAGCCUUGGAUGCCAUGUUCCAAAUGCUACUGUGUGCUAAUGCAGCCUGCGGAAAAAAGGAAGUUCCCACUUAUGUCCCAACGCAUAUAAAGAGGCUACAGGUUCUUAAGGAUGGCCAACCGGGACCAUCGGAAAGAUUCAAAGUUCUAGCUAGCGCAAACUUUGAUUCAUCUAAGGAGGUAACCGGAUCAAUAGCUGCAUUCGGGGCUAACAAUAGGCGGCCUUCAGUCCUCGUAGAAGGGCUCACCUGUACGAUGGUCGACGGGAUCCGGGCCAUUAGCGAUGACUCCACAACAGCAGGGAGUCUGUGCUCUGAGAUUGAAUGGAAACCGGACGUUCGCUUAUUAGGGAAUGCUGAGAUCGAGCAAUACUGCCAGAGAAACUUGCCAGCGGCCUUGUCUAAGGAAAUCCUUACUGAGCUCGACUUUGUAGUUCUUGCUCGUGUACUGGAGGCUUACCGUGUGUUCUCUGAACAGAAGAAACAGCCUGCGAAGCCAUAUCUACAGAAAUACAUCGAGUGGGCGGUCCACCAGAAGGAUCGUCUAGAGCAUAAUGAAAUGCUCUACUCUUCAGAACCUUGGAGAAGCCGGUUACAGGACUGGAAGUACGUCCAUGAUGUGGAAAGUCGUUUGCUUGUCGAGGCUCCAUUCACGAAGCUCCUUAUCAACGUCGGGCAAAACCUUUUGGACUUUCUCACGGGCGCUGUUGAUCCUCUGGAGUUCUUCUUCACUGGCAACAUUUCGGACGAAUCCUUCGCUGGCAGUAUGGUCGAUGAUUUCUACGCAGGCACGAUGGCUAUGGCUAAUUUCGCAAAAGCUGUUCCCAAGUUCAUGGAUCUCAUGGCUCAUACAAAUCCUGGCAUGAACAUUCUUGAAGUCGGAGCUGGUGUCGGAGUAGCUACCAAGGCCUGCCUUGAAGCUCUCGGGGCUUCAGGACACGCCUCCGGCUCCAGGUAUGCCCGCUGGGAUUACACGGACAUCUCACGCUCUUUCUUUGGUAAAGCAGCCACCAAAUUUGGAGAAGAGGGCUCCAGAAUGCAGUUCAAGAAGCUGGACAUUGAGGAAGAUCCAGAACAACAGGGCUUUGAAGCGGGAAGCUACGAUAUGAUUGUAGCCGGAUGGGUUGUGCAUGCAACGCACAGUUUAGAGCGUACGCUGACCAACAUCCGCAAGCUACUUAAGCCUGGUGGAAAGCUUUUGCUAGCCGAGGUGACAAACCCCUUCCGUACAGCGGCCGCGUUUGGUCUACUCGAAGGGUGGUGGCUCAGCUCUGAACCUUAUCGGGUCUACGGGCCUUGCGUGGACCGAGAACGAUGGGAUGAUGUGUUACAGAAGACAGGGUUCACCGGCUGUGAUGUCUAUUUCCCCGACUUCCAAGACAGUAAGCUUCAUGAGCAUGCUGUGUUUGUUUCCACAGCUUCGCACGAUGUUGCACCUAUAGGCUGGAACCCGCGCAUCGAAAUUGUAUACGAACCAAACGAGCCUAAGCAGCAUGAUCUUGCCAGCUCAUUGAAAGAAAAAUGCCAGGCUCUCGUUAAAUCUGGAGUAGCCUGCGUACCUGUUUACAAUGCCUCUCCGGACUCUCAGGAUGUACUCCGGGUGUUCCUUCUCGACUUCGAGAAACAAUCGUUAUAUAACACGGGGCCAACUUUAUAUGAAAAGCUGCGAGAGCUAUUCACAGCCUCAGGAACUACACUCUGGGUAACCAAGACAAGCGGUCUUCCCGCGCCUGAUCCAAGAGUCCAUCUCAUUGAUGGUUUAUUCCGCGUUCUCGCUGAGGAAGACGGGCACCAGAAUCGGUAUGUCUUGUCGCUCGAGGGAUCUGCGGAGCGCGAAUCUGUCAUGGCGAUGAUUCAGCAUAUAUUGAAACCACCGGUACAAGGGCUAGAUACUGAGUACACUAUGCGAGAUGGAACUCUUCACAAUCCGCGGCUCGUCAACAGUGCGCGGCUUGAACAACAAGUGUUAUUGCAGACAGCGACCCACACUGAAUGUGAGCAGAGCUUUGGGGAUGUCCCGCUAAGUUUGGACUUGAAUAGCUCAAGCUUUUCGAAUGGCUUUCGAUUUAUUGAGAGUGGCCCGACAGGCGAUCUUGGUGAGACAGAAGUGGAGCUUGAAAUUCACUGUGCUGGGCUGAACUUCCGUGAUGUUCUCAUAUCACUGGGCCAGAUACCCAAUGCGGAAGUCUGGCAGGAGGGUGCUGGUGUGGUCACUAAAGUCGGCAAAAAGUGCACUCGGUUCAAGCCUGGCGACAGAGUGGCAGGGUUCGUCCCCCAGCCGUUCCAGGCUCGGACCGUAUUCGUCGAAGGUAAUCCGGUAGUUCACAUCCCGCAAGGGCAGUCCUAUGCCGAAGCUGCAGGCAUCCCAACCAGUUUCCUAACAGCCUGGUUCUCGCUCACUGAGGUGGCGCGUAUUAAACCUGGGGAGUCCGUUCUCAUCCACUCCGGGGCUGGAGGCACAGGACAGGCCCUAAUCCAGAUAGCUCUGCUGUACCAGGCAGAGAUAUACACGACUGUUGGAACGAAGGAAAAACAGGACUUCCUUAAGCAAAGAUAUCCUAUCCCAGCGGAACGCAUCUUCUCCAGUCGGUCAACGGAUUUUGCAUCCGCGAUCAUGCAGAUGACUGGAGGGAAAGGUGUGGACGUUGUGGUGAACUCAUUAUCCGGCGAAGGGCUCGUAGAGUCAUGGGGAUGUACUUCACCCUAUGGGCGAUUCGUCGAGCUGGGGAAGAAAGAUAUUCUUGCCAACGCCAAGCUUCCCAUGAGACAGUUUCUGAAGAACGUCACUUACAGCUGCUUUGACUUGGCGCUGUUGCAGCAAGACCGCCCUCACAUAUGCCGUGAUGCCUUGGAGACAGUGAUGAGUCUAAUGGAUCAAGGCAAGCUGUCCCCUCAGGAACCAACCCAUGUGUAUGGAGUUGGUGAAAUAGAGAAGGCGUACAGACACAUGCAAUCUGGGAAGAAUUUCGGUAAGAUUGUGAUUGAGAUGCGUAAAUCAGAUAUCGUCAAGACCCUACUGAAGUCGAAGCCUAACACUGAUUUGGAUCCCGAUGCAACAUAUCUGGUCGCAGGGGGUCUGGGCGGACUCGGUCAGAGUAUGCUCACGUGGAUGGUUGGCAGGGGCGCUCGGAAUCUCCUGUUAUUGUCCCGUUCUGGAGAAAAGGGCAGGGAAACCCAAGAGUUCCUCAGUUAUCUGAGAGCAGAAGGAGCCAACGUUCAAGUGCGUGUCUGCGAUGUCGCGGAGGAAGACUCAUUACGUGCAGCGAUUGAGGAUGCGGCAUCACAUAUGCCCCCAAUCAAGGGCUGCAUUCAAGCCGCCAUGGUAUUACAAGAUGUCGGGUUCGAAAACAUGACCUACAAGGACUGGGAGACCGCCGUUAAGCCCAAAGCACAAGGGUCCUGGAAUCUACAUAACCUUCUCCCACGCGGCCUUGACUUUUUCCUUAUGCUCUCUUCUAUGAAUGGGGUGAUUGGACACGUCGGCCAAGCGAACUAUGCAGCAGGCAACACAUUCCAGGAUGCACUAGCACAUCAUCGCGUCCAGUGCGGCGAGAAUGCCACCUCUCUCGACCUAGGUCUCUUCACAUUCACCGGACGAGUAGCCCGAGACCCAAGACUCCUUCAGAUCAUGCUGAACGUCUUCCCCCAUCAACCGAUUACCGAGCCUGAGUUCCACACGCUUCUUGACGUAUACUGCAGCCCGACGGUGUGCAAAGAGAAACGCCUUCCUUGCCAACUCUCAUUCGGAAUGCGACCGCACGAAGGCACCUCAACCAAGGCCUACUGGCUCGGCAAGCCUAUGUUCCGGUAUAUGGCUCAGCAGCGGUCAUCUGAGGGGCACCGCGAGCGCCAGGGUCAAUCAAUCAACCUUCCCGCUGCAUUCAGAGGCGCGGAGUCAAUGGCUGAUGCAACCGCUGCGGUGACCAAGGCCCUGACCGUCAAGUUGGCAAGGACCUUGUCUGUGGACGAAGGGAGCCUGGAUGAGAAUAAGGCCCUGCACCAAUACGGUGUCGACUCGCUAGUAGCUGUAGAACUGCGGACGUGGUUCUCCAAGGAGGUACAGGCGGAUGUUGCUACGUUUGAUAUAAUCGGUCGCGCGACGAUUACUUCCUUGGCUGGGGUGGCUGCAAGUCGGAGUAAGUUGCCUCGGGGUUGGUCCUGA